GGAGGGAGCCCAGCCAAGCUGGCCAUGGGGAGGACGGGCGCCGGGUUCACGCUGCUGACGCUGCUGCUGCUGCUCCCGCAGCCCACGUCCCAAUUCUGGCUCUUCAACGUGCUCUUUCCACCCACCACCACCCCAGAGGCGCCCCCGACCAACAGCACACCGCCCGUGGUGCUCGUGCCCGGGUGCCUUGGGAACCAGCUGGAAGCCAAACUGGACAAGCCGGAUGUAGUGAACUGGAUGUGCUACCGCAAAACCGAGGACUAUUUCACCAUCUGGCUCAACCUCAACACGUUCCUGCCAGUGGGAGUUGACUGUUGGAUCGAUAACACCAGGGUCGUGUACAACCGAACCGCUCGGAAAAUGACCAACGCCCCCGGGGUGCACAUCCGUGUGCCUGGCUUUGGCAAAACCUAUUCUGUGGAGUACCUGGAUCAGAGUAAACUGGCAGGUUACCUGCACACCCUGGUUCAGAACCUGGUGAACAACGGCUACGUGAGGGACCAGACAGUUCGGGCAGCCCCCUAUGACUGGAGGGUUGGUCCCCAGGAGCAGCCUGAAUACUUCCAGAACCUGAAGGCACUGAUAGAGGAGAUGCACGAUGAGUACCAGCAGCGUGUCUUCCUCAUUGGGCACAGCAUGGGCAACCUCAACGUCCUCUACUUCCUGCUCCAGCAGAAGCAAGCCUGGAAAGAUCAGUACAUUGGGGGCUUCAUCUCACUGGGUGCCCCUUGGGGAGGGUCCGUCAAGCCACUGCGUGUCCUGGCAUCAGGUGAUAAUCAGGGCAUCCCACUUAUGUCCAACAUCAAGCUGCGUGAAGAGCAGCGUAUGACCACCACCAGCCCCUGGAUGUUCCCAACGAGCUUGGCCUGGCCAGAGGACCACGUUUUCAUCUCCACACCCUCCUACAAUUACACCUACCGGGACUACCAGCGGUUCUUCACCGAUGUCAACUUGGAGGAUGGUUGGUACAUGUGGGAGGACAUGAAGGACUUGCUGAAGGGAUUACCCCCUCCUGGUGUGGACACAUAUUGCCUUUAUGGCACGGGCUAUCCCACAGUGGAGACUUACAUAUACGAUGAGCAUUUCCCUUACGAGGACCCCGUGGACAUGAUUUAUGGUGAUGGGGACGACACUGUCAACAAACGCAGCUCAGAGCUGUGCAAGCGAUGGCGCAACCAGCAAAAGCAGAAAGUGCACGUCCAGGAGCUGCGAGGCAUCGACCACCUCAACAUGGUCUUCAGCAACCUGACGCUGACCUCCAUCAAUGAAAUACUGCUGGGGAGCACCAAGGCUGGGGCUGGCACCAAGGAGCAGGGAGAGCCGAAGCAGAUGGGUGCUCUGAGAUCCAGCCCAGAGGUAGGGAGGAGGGGGCACAAAGUCCUUAAGGAGCCCAGAAAGAACUGAAGGAGGCGAUGGCCAGCUUCCCUCCAUGCUUGUAUCCACCAGAAGCUGGCGUGAAGAGGAGUAAAGGACUUGGAGUUGGGUAUCAGAGAGAAGGAGCAAGAACAACAGCUCAGGUGGAUGGGCUGGCACCCUCUUCCAUUCUGAUUGUUUGGGUUUUUUUUUGUUUUGGGAGCAGUGAUUAAUUACACUUCAGAGGCUUGUCACUUCCCACUAGUGGAUGGAUAAUUAACCACGCUGCCAGCUCAUUAACAUCACACUCGUGGAUUAUGGUGUGUGAGCAAGCCCUCGAUGCUAGCAAGCUAUCUUUAGACACUUCAGGCCGUGGUGCCAUAGCCUCUUUUUAUACAGGACAGCCUCCAUGUAAGCAAGAUAGCACUCAUGGUGCCGGGGCAGCCACCAGGGUGGGUAAGGACGGGAGGAUAGGCACAGCUUGCAGAAGGGCCCCCGCCAGCCCCCAUCACACAGGCAACAAGCUGAGCCCCUGCUGCAAGACUGGCUUAGAAUUAGCAGAUCUAAUAAACAUACUUGGCUUCUA